UCUUUGCACUCACAAAUCAGGUUGUAUGACAGCAGUGAUUUUUUUUUUUUACCAGAUGUUAAUGUGGAUUUUGUUGUUUGGGGCAAACUAACUUAUGAUACAUUUAGAAUUAGCCAAACUCAGAUGUUUUGGCAGUUCUUCACCCCAAAAGGAGAAGUGAAAAAUGUCAUGCUAUUCAGCGUUUCCGACCUCACCAUUUUAAUUUCAAAACUGCAGAGAACCACAACCAUGACCGAGAUUUCCCAGCUGUUUGGCAGCGGAGAUCCUGACAACAUGACGGACUACUAUUAUGAAAACAUGACGGUGUACAUCUGUGAGAACGAGAAGGAGGGUCUGCAGACCUUCCGUGUUGUGGUCAAACCUGUGCUCUACAGUUUGAUCUUUCUGCUGGGUGUACUCGGAAACGGCCUGAUGGUGACAGUCCUCCUGGAUCGUUGGCGCCACCUGCGCAUCACCGAGAUCUACCUGCUGCACCUGGCCUUGGCCGACCUCAUGCUCCUUUUCACAUUUCCUUUCAGGGUGGUGGACAACAUUGCCGGUUGGCUGGUUGGGGAGUUCCUCUGCAAGCUGGUGGGCCUGAUGAAAAAUCUUAACCUCCUCUGUGGGAGUUUCCUUCUUGCUUGCAUUGGCUUUGAUCGCUAUUUGGCUAUCGUUCAUGCUAUUCCCAGUUUGCAAAGUAGACGUCGGGGAACAGUGCACCUCACGUGCAGCAUAUUAUGGUUGUUCUGUUUGGCUUUUUCAAUACCCAAUGCUGUGUUUCUUAGUGUGAAAGAGGAGAGCAAAAAAAACACCUCUAGGUUCUCCUGUGACUAUCAUCAUUAUGGCAUCCAUGCACACAACUGGGUUUUGACCAGCAGAGUCUUAGAUCAUGUGUGCUUUUUCCUUCCUCUGGCUGUCAUGAGCUACUGUUACACAGCAGUUGUUGUUACUUUGUGCAACAGCCAGAAAAGCCAAGCAAAGCAAGGAGCAAUUCGACUGGCUUUACUUGUCACUUUUGUCUUUUGCGUCUGUUGGCUGCCGUAUAAUAUCACCCUGCUGAUACAAACUCUGGUGGAUCUGAAGGUUAUCUCCUAUGAAAGCUGUGGAUCUUCCGUCUUACUGCGACCCAUCCUGGAUGUGACCGAGAGCCUGGGUUUCUCUCACUGUUUCCUAAACCCUUUCUUAUACGCUUUUGUUGGGGUGCGCUUUCGCAAUGAGCUUUUCCAGCUUCUCAGUAAACUGGGCUGCAGAACUCGGGGUCACGGAAGAGCAUGGAUUUCCGAAGGAACGACAUCCAGCAGCACCAUCCUAUCCUGAUAAACUCUUAUACAAUGUAAGCUGUACAUAGAACGCUGGUUUUCCUACAGUUUUUAACUUGCAGCAUGGAAACUGUUUUAAUUUUAUCAGUUGUUCUCCCAGUUUGGUUCCCGUUACAUUUAAAAAAAUGUCUUAAUUCCUCAGACAAAAAAAGAUUUUGCACGUUGCUCAAGCUGUUUUUGCUUGUAUUGAAGCUUUUCUAAUCAAAUGUA